AUGGCCUCGUCAGGAUCACGGGCGCUCGCCGGCGCGCUCGCCGGCUCCAACCUGAUCGCCUCUGCCCUGGCACAAUCCGGCAUCAGCUUCAAGGUCUCUGAAUCUGCGCCUUCCGACAUCUCUCAGGCCGUCGAUCUCUCUUUUGGCGGCUUCGGCAUUGAGCCCUCUAACCUCUUCUCCUACACUGGCCAGGACGAGCCAAACCGGCUCACAAUAACCCUGCUGGAGAACCUGGGCAACUACACCGGCAAGCCACCACAUAUUCGUCUUGGAGGCAACACCCAGGACUACAUGAUCUACGAUGAGUCCCAGGAUAAAUGGGCCCAGAUCACAAACCCAGACUCGACCGGCGACGGCAACAUCGCAUGGGACAACAUGCUCAUCGGCCCCCGCUUCUUCGAGGCCGCAAACAGGUUUCCCACCGGCACUCCCUUCACCUGGGGCCUGAACCUGGCCUACAAUGCCGACGACUAUAUAGACAAGAUCGUCGACAUGGCUACCCAGAUCCUCGACAGGUGCGACAACCUGGACAUUGUCUCCUUCGAGAUUGGCAACGAACCAGACCUCUACGCCACUAACGGCUUCCGGAACGGUACCUACGUGUCUACCGAUUACUCCGAGGAAUGGCACGAACGUGCCGCUGCCAUUUACAAACAGGUCCUCCAGCCUGCUGGCCUGAAUGCCACCUUCUUCGAGGCUGGCGGCACCUCGCACACCAGCGGUACUACCUUCGAGAUCGAGCAAAUGGACACUUCUGGCGUCGAUGCCAAAUUCCAGGGCGUUGAGUACCUGUCCAGUUGGAAUCAGCACUGUUACUCUUAUUUCGUCGAUGUGACUGAGGGCCAGGCCCUGACGCUGGAUCUCCUCAUGAGCUUCGACUACGUCGAGAGCCAGUUUGCCGAUUGGAUCACGCAGAUCAAGCAGGCCGAAACGACGGGCUAUCCCUACGCGCUGCGCGAGAUGGGCAUGGUCGGGCCCCUGGGCGUCGCAAACGUCAGCGACACCUUUGGAGGUGCUUUGUACACGCUCAACUACUUGCUCUGGGCCGCAUCACUCAACAUGACCAGCGUGCAGUUCCACAUGACGGCCAACAGCUUCACGACCGCCUGGCAGCCGGGCACCAACUCUGGUGGCGGCCCUCACGUCCGGCCCAUCUACUACGGCCACGCCGCCUUCAACGAGAUCAUCGGUCCUACGUGCGCCGCCCAGAUCUACCAGGACAACUUGACCAGUGUGCCCUCUGGCUACAGCGAGUAUGUCAGGGCGUACUCCAUUUACCAGAGCGGCUCGCUGCAGUCCAUCACAGUGCUCAACACCAAGACGGCCAACACGACCGAGACCGACAAGGCCAACGUCACCGUGUCAGUGUCGCUGCCGACGUCACUGGCUGGCAAGACGGUGCACCUUGCGCGCCUGACCAACGACGGGCUGGACGCCAAGUUCAACACGACGUGGAACGGCGUCAGCUUCGAGCAGGACAGCAUAGGCACGCAGACCCAGGUGGACGACACGGACGAGACUGCGACGGUCGGUGACGACGGCACGCUCUCCUUCAGCGUCCGCGACUCACAGGCCGUCGUGGCUAACCUCGAGUCGCGCCUCGGCGAGGGCCUCAAGGCUGACGAGACGGCUUGCGCCGCCCUCGCGGCCCGCAGUCCCGGCACGCACAGGAGCACCGCCGGGUCGUCCUCCAAGUCCUCCUCCUCAUCGGCUACGAGUAAGCCUGACAGCAGCGUUUCUUCCGGCAGCGAAAGUACCUCUAGUGGCGGCGCUGACUCCAAAUCUGCAGGACCACCGGCGCUGGCGACACUGUCGUCUGGCGCCCUCGUGACUUGUCUUGUACCCUUUGUUUCUCUAAUUAUGGGCUUUUUCCUUUUCUAA